CCGCCUCUUCGAAAAGCUCCGAGGACCCGCCAAAGCUUCACUGAUCAACCACCAAUACCAUAUUCCGUCUACAUCAUGUCUCACCCCGACCCAUCAAGUUGGACUCUCUUGUUCAAGAAGCACAAGACCACCGUGCUUCUCAUGCUCCCGCCGUCGGAGACGAUCGCCACUACAAAAGAAUCCCUCCUCAGCGCCCUCCAAUCCCGCGGCCUUCAGGAAAUCAACGGCGAUCUGGUCCCAGAAGACCCAUCGGAAAUUGAGUUUGGUGUUCCGGUGGAUAAGAAUGACUUGGAGAAGGGUUGGACAAGACUGGAGGUUGAGGUGCCGGCGUUUGAUAAUGAUGACGCCCCUAAACGAGGAGCUGCAAAGAAAGGCACCGGGGCUCUGACCUUGCAAGCGGCGGAGAUUCGGAACGGACAACCGAUCGCUUUCAGGUUCCGGAAGCCCAAGGGUGAUGCUGAGGAGACUGAAAAGGAAGACGAUAUGAUUGAUCUUGAACUGGAUGAUCCUGGAUGGGAUGUCAUCGUCCCGAGCUUGGAUGACGAGGAAGAAGAUAUUAGUUGAGGCGUCUAGUCGGGACUUUAUCUUGUUGUCUUUCUUUUGAUGUGGAGUUCAGCAAGGCUUUCAUGGGCUGGCGCACGGUUGAUACGAGGCAUGAAUAGGCGGCGUUUGCAGAAUUGUUAUGACUACUAUAUUAUGAUGGCGUGGAUGGCUGUAGAACGGAUUUGAAGCUCUAUCAUCGGCCAGGGUCAUACAGGGCUCCAGCAAUGUUGAAGACCCUGUUAUCUAUGAGAUGACACUGCAUAAUGGGCCCCACGUGGUCUGUUGUCUCAGUCCAGAUUCAUGAUUAUUCUGUUAGAGAAAAAUGUCGACAAAUUUGAUAUUACUAUGUAACG